GCGCUUUUUUUCUUUUCCGUUUUCUCCCCCCGCCCCCUACCCUUUACCGUUUCCCCAGGAAUCUGCGGAUCCUAACCUAACGGCGGCGGGAGAGUCGCGCGCUCACGGACAUCGGUAGAAGAGGAAGAGGAGUCGCGCGACCAUGUGUGUACCUGCGGCCCAGCCUGGCUGCCCUGCCUGCCCUGGCCCUUUGGCACUGUGGCCGGCUGAGUGAGGGGCUUUGAGCUCCUGGUAUGGGCAGCGUGGGCAGUGGAGCCUCCAGCCAGCGGGCCAUCACAAUGCGAAGUGUGGGCACACGGACCACCCCGAACGGGCCCCUGGCGCCCGCGCUGCCCCCAAACUCUGUCCGCCGGCGUCUAGAUGACCGCAGCUUCAGCGCUGACCGCCUUCCGGCACCGGCCACCAAGACAGCAGGCGUCACUGCCAACGAGCACUCCGAGCGCGCAGCCGCUUCUCACAAUGCUAAUCGGCAGCACACCGUCAACGGUGAGCGGCUGCUCUCGAAUGCUUCUUUCUCCAAUGGGCCCAUGAGGAGGGAACCAGGCCACAGGCGAGGAGAGAGCCUGGAUCUGUGUGGAAACAGCAUAGUGCUCAACAACAACAACAAUGAAAACAAGAACAGCAGCCAUCAAGCACUAGCGCAGCAGCACAAGGACAAGAGCAAAGCUAAGACGGACAACCACAACCCUCCCAACAUCAUGCCCAUCUCUGGCAAGCUGGAGCAAGCACAGGUACAGCACGGCCUGAACACCGAGGGGAAGGAUCCUGACGCACUGGUCCGUCCUUCUGCCUUUAAGCCUGUGGUGCCCAAGAGCUUUCAUUCCAUGCAAAACCUGGUGUGCCCCCUUCAGGCCAGUGUGGCUGCAGGCGGAGGCACGUCGGGCAGCGGUGCAAGUGAGAGAGGUGGCCAGGGAACCUCAGGAAUUCGCCCAGAUGAGGAAACCCCUAACAACCGAGGAACACACUCUGGUGGAGGUAUUCGAGCUGGCCAGGGCAGCCUGUCUGAUUCUGGCAGGAAUUCUCUUACCAGUCUGCCCACAUAUGCAGGUACAGGCUCAGGCUAUGGCCCUCCACCAGCCCUUGGGCCCCUCAGUGCCUCCACCAGCCACAUCAACCGCCUGGGAACUGCAACAACUGGCCUGGACAAGCCAGAUAAACCAGGCUACCAGAACGGGCUGAGUGCCUCUGACAGUGGCCACUCAUCUUCGGGCAAGAGCUCGUCAUCUUAUCAGCGCCUCAGCCACUUGAGUGAUGCACCGGCGCCCUUGCGGCCAUCGCCAUCCUCCGACGACGUCAUUCGUGACCUGGAGGACCGCUUAUGGGAGCGAGAGCAAGAGGUGAGGAUGAAGAUGCUCCAUAUGAGACGGAACCUGGAUCAGAGCGAAGCGGCGAUCGUGCAAGUGUUCGAGGAAAAGCAGCGGGUGUGGGAACGUGAAAUGGAAGAACUAAGGCAGAACUACGCCGGGCGACUGCAGCAGGUGACCCGGCGUGCCCAGCGUUCACAGCAGGCCCUGCAGGCCCAGAUCAGCCGUCUGCAGCAGGACAAGCGCAGGCUUCAGGAGGAGAUGACGCUGCUCCUGGCCCAGCGUGAGGAACUGGAGAAGAAAUGCCUGGACUACAGGAAGGAGCAGGCUGACCUCCUGCCCAAGCUGGAGGAGACCAAGUGGGAGGUGUGUCAGAAGGCAGGUGAGAUCUCCUUACUGAAACAACAGCUGAGGGAGAGCCAGGGUGAGGUGACCCAGCGUGCCGGAGAGAUGGUGGCCCUGAGGAAUCAGCUGAAGGAGCUGAACGCCCAGCUGAGGGAGCGAGAGCAGGCCGAGAUCAGCCUGAAGGAGUCCUUCUGCACCAAGACGCUGGAGCUGGAGCGCUGCGAGGCAGAACUGCAGGCCAUGCUGGCCGAGGUGACUGUCCUUAGAGACAAGCUGAGUGCAUUUGAGACGGAGGUAGCCGGGCUGAAGAAAGCCCUGAGUGAGAUUAGCAGCACUGCUGGCACUCGUACCCCCGAAUCUGGCUUAGCCGACAUGGGUCAGCUGGUGCUUUCUCGGAGUCGGGAACGCCUCCUCUCGCCCAUGAGCCCACCAGAGACACCAAGCUCUUUGCCCCCUCUUUCGUCACUUCCCUCUGUGCCCUCGUUGCCCCCUGUGCCCUCGCUCCCCCCUUUGCCAGCACUGCCUGCCCCGGACCCACUGCUCAACCUGCAGAGCGAUGAUUCCAAGGUCCAGCGGCAGGAAGCAGGCGACCUGCGGCGUCAGCUGGAGCUACUUCAAGGGGAGCUGCGUCUGGAGCGGCAGCAGCGUGAGCGCCAGGCACUCACUUUUGCCCAUGAGCGCCAAACCUGGCAAGGAGAAAAAGAGCGCGUGCUCAAGUACCAGGCACAGCUGCAGCUCAGCUAUGUAGAGAUGCUGCAGAAGAACCAGGCACUGGAGGAGCGUGUGGACCAGCUCGGGGCCCAGCUGGCCACUCCCAUCCUGGUAUCACCGGCAACAUCAACUUCACCGCCACCCUCUGCAAGUCUUGAUGUACCCACAACAUCACCUGUGGCUGUGUCAGUCACCUCUCCGACUCCCCCGGUCGAGGAGAAGAAGGGGCCUGCCCUGCACCAGCUGGCACCCCCGUGGCCCAUUCCCACUCGUCUGGAGAGGAUUGAGUCUACAGAGAUAUGAUGCCAGUAAAUGUGACCUCUUUGAUGCAGUACAAAAAAAAAAAGAAAAACUUAGAGCACCAGUUACAAUAGCGUUAAGUACAAACCCUUCUGAAACAAAAACGUCAUGUCUGUAACUUCUAAGGACAGUCCAAGGAUGCCCUGCUGAGUGAGGCAGACCUCAGGGUUGAGGGGUGCAAGUUGCUAAGUAAUAUGUUUGUGUGGCCUUAUGACUGACCUAGGAAAAGCUCUUGAUCCUAAAAGGUGUUGGUUUGGGUUGUGGGGGUGUAGGAAGAGCUGGCCCUAAGUCUGUAGCCAAGAGGAGCGGGAGUAGAUCGAACACUCAGGGGAUAAGGGAUCAGGCAUUAUUAAUCCAGAUUUAAGCCUAGACUGUUGUAUGCUAGCUCUCAAUGCACGGUUCGCGAUGUGUCACUAUAUAAAUCUAGAUCAACAGAUCUCAAGUUAAACUUUAAAAUUAACACAUACUAUUUAAAGGUGCAGUUUGAUAAACUAAAAAAAAAGUAACCAAUUAGUGUAAAUUGCAGUAUUUGCCAUUGCAGAAAUGGGUUCAAUUCCCAGAGCUGGAACGGAGCUACCAACCUCCAACCCCUGUCCCUUAUAUGUAACGGGUCACUGGGGAGACACGGUCAGCAACCAUAAAGCUAAACAAAAUUAUGAACUGCUCCUUUAAAUAAGAUUUCUCCAGACCUUACAGCAAACAAGAAAAAAAAAACAAUUAUAUAGAAUAGCAUCCAUAUUGGCUGAAAAGACUCUUUUUUUAAAAAAAAUCUUAAUUAGAAACUACAGGGAGUGACAUGAUCCUCUUCCUGUAUAUGGUGCUUGUCCAUACCACACCAGUGUGUGUGGUUUGUUUUGUUUUGUUUUGUUUAUUUCAAAAAUGAAGGACCAAAUAUUUAGGAGGCGUUGCUGGUCUCGAGUUCCCUCAUAGUGGACGUAGUCGCGGUAGUGAUAACCAGUGGACUCCAAGACCUGGUGCGUUGUAUAGGAGCGUGCCUCAACCCUCCUGCUCUGAUAGCGAAAGCAGCGGCGGAGGACCCACACGUGGUCAUUCGACACGAAAGCAUAUUACCAGAACAUUUCUGCUUUUCACCUUUGUAUUCCAUGUUUCAGAAACGUGUAGAAUAUAUUAGAGAGCGAGUGAGAGGUAUUUAAAAAAAAAAAAUAGUUUAAUGCACUUUGCUUUGGCCUCAGACAAUGUUUCUUUUUAAGAGAGGUGUUUGGUUUAUGAAGCUGCUAGUUAGAGGAGGAGUGAGCGGCUGAGCCAAAAAAAAAAAAUAAUAAUAAAAUAAUUAAUGAAAGAUAAAAAGUGCUAAGAAGGCAAUUAGGACAGCUCGUGGUUGGAGAACGGCGCACUUCUGAAGCACGGCUCGUCCAACGCUUAUGAACUAAUGAGUCUGUUUA